UCAGGAGAAUGCUCUGAGCCUGAGGACAUAGAGAGAGGAAUGUGCCAUGUGGUUCCGCGGCAGACUGUUGCCAUUAACAGAGCUUCUGGUACGACCCGACACCUGGUCGCUAGCACGUUUUGUCUGUCAGUGUUCCUCUCGACAGGUACGCUGGAAAAUGGGAGCUAACUAACUUAGUAAACUCUUUUAAAGCACUGGCUGGUAUCGACCGAUACUGCAUAUUUCUCCAACGAAGUUUUGUGCGGAAAGCACAAGGAGUAGAAUGGGCAUGCACUGGAAGAAGAAGCAGAAAUCCAGCAAUGAACAGAGAGAUGAGGCGGUCUGCCUUGAAAGACUGCUGUCGGCUGAGCAGUACAGCAGGAUGCAUGCUGCUGUUGCUGUUGACGUUAUAUCAGCGUGUGAACGUCGCCGCGGAGCUCAUCCAGGGUGAUAUCAACACUGUGUAUGAAGACACGGCUUGGGAUAAUCACGAGGACACGUUUUCCUUUACAUGGACGUCUGUUUCCUGGCCGGUACAAGGCACAGGCGCCACCCCUCAUCCGCGUCCAUUACGCGUGUCCGUGUCCAGUGGAAAUGCAAGCGCGAACCACCACCUGACUGUGUUAGUUCGAUCACGAAAUGCUGCAAGAGAAAUUUUCUGGUCGAUUCCAUUCAGUGCCGAGGGGCCUGGUUCUGCAACAUAUAAGAAUAGCUCCAGAAUCAUUUGCCCAAAUCUGCCAGUCAGUACGGACUCGGGUCGAGUGAAUGGCACAAAGAACUCAACAGCUGGCGUUAAUCAGACAGUGCUGGUUGAAAUCGCAGCCACGACUGAAGUCAGGAUUGGAUACACACUCCUUGCAGCGCCGGUGGACGAUUUUAACCUAGCUGGAGGAAAGAAACAUGCUGUGAACCUGAGCCCAUCUAGUCCAGUUUACUACAGUUACAGCUUUCAGCCCGGUGAUGACCAGGUAACAGUAGAGAUUGAGGCAAGUGAGUCAACCUGUGGCAUAGCAUCCGUGCAAGAAGCGUUGUGCCCAGUGUUUGACCUGGCAAGCAAUAUCCAGUACUCGGGCGCAUACCAAACAUUCAGCUCGUCUGCAACAUUGCUGGUGCAGCGCACCGACUUCCAAACUGACUCAUUCUACAUUGUACUGGCGGGUUUGUCAAGUGAUGCACAGUGCAGCUCCAGGCAUCGUCCUCAAUACGAGGAUGGAGAGGAUGCGGCACCAUUCUACAAUGAAACAGUGUACAUCCGAGUCGCAAAGCAUUCACAAAGUUAUGCAACGCCAGUCAUCGUGCCCUUGGUAAUCUACUUUGGUAUCUACUUCUCAACGUUGGUUACACUCGUCAUUUACUACUAUGUAUAUAAGAAGGAUAUGGGCGAUGUUUCGCUGGCUGGAUUUAUCCUAGGCUCUGAUGUACAUGUAGUGAUCCCAGACACCAAUAAUGGUGCAGGCCGAAGCAGAGAAGAAUCGGUUCGAAGCACUGCUUCAGUCUAUCAUGGCGCCCAAGAUACUGUCCCUUGCGCAGGAAGUGGCAAGCCAGAACUGACAUCAAUGAGUGUCAAUCACCAGCAUUUUGCUGGUGGCGAGGACCAAGUUGAAGCGGCAACUGAAACUGCUAGAGCCCAAGUUCAACCCUCUGCACAGCCACCAAGAGCAGCAGCGGAUACAGAGCAGGCAGCAGUGGAUACAGAGCAGGCAGCAACGGAUAUAGAGCAGGCAGCAACGGAUAUAGAGCAGGCAGCAGCGGAUACAGAGCAGGCAGCAGUGGAUCAGGGACCGGAAAAUACACGUUGCACACCGCCAUGCAAGGCUAGGACCCCAACUUUGAGCUUAGCUGAUGUUGAGAAGACGCCACCUGAAAAAAUUGACAAGCAACUCAACAAUUCACCUUGGCUGAUUGGUAUCGUUGGCAUCUACUACGGAGUUCCAGUCAUACAGUUGGUAGCCAACUAUCAACAGGCCAUUUUCAAAACGGGAGACCAGGAUCUCUGCUACUUCAACUUCCGCUGCAAUCGCCGCUAUGGACGCCUCACAGCGUUCAACGCCGUCUUCAGUAACAUUGGUUACAUUCUGCUCGGCAUACUGUUCAUUCUUCUGACCAUACGCCGUCAGAGGGUAUUCACACGCACUGUUGAGCACAAUCUCCAGCGGCUGACUUCAACAGGUGUACUGCAUCACCAGGGUCUGCUGUACGCCUUGGGCCUGGCAUUGUGCUUGGAGGGUGUUUUGAGCGCAUGCUAUCACGUAUGCCCGACACCAGUGAACUUCCAGUUCGACACAUCCUUCAUGUACGUCAUCAUUGUGCUCUCGUUUCUGCACCUCCACCAGGGCCGAAACCCGGAUGCUAUCAAACCAGCACAUCAUUUCCUGGCGUUUCUAUGCACAGUGGUCGUCAUUGUCCUUGCCGGUGUGCUUGGAAACAGCCAGGUGUUUUGGAUUAUCUUCUUCAUUGUCUACGUGGGUGUUGAUCUGAUUGUUCACAUCCGGAUGUACUACACCGCCGAAAAACGUCUGAAAGAGAGAUUCACCGACGCCAGGCAGGGGAGAUCUAAACUUUGGGAGACCUAUCCGCGGCGCGUUUUUCAUCUACUGCUAUCGUUCCUUUUGAACUUGGGCCUGGCAAUAUAUGGCAUCGCGGAUAGGCCAGGGGACUUCCCCACAUACAUGCUGGGGGUGCUAGGAGCCAAUCUCGUCUUGUACGUCCUCUAUUACUUCAUCGCUUUAAAGGCUUGGCACUGCGAAAAAUGUUUGUGUGCAACAUUUGUUUAUGGCGCGGCCUCUGUUGUCUUCUUCAUCCCAGCAGGGUAUUUCUUCAAAUCAAACGUCUCGAACUGGGCCGAAAGUCCUUCUGGCUCACGAAAGCUGAACCAAGACUGCCUGAUAUUUGAUUUCUAUGACAACCACGACCUUUGGCAUUUCCUAGGAGCCAUUGCCAUUUUCUUCUACUACCUCAUGUUGUUGAGUAUCGACGACCCGCUCGAAAAUGUUAAGCGCCAAGAGAUCCCAACAUGGUGAUUGUUGUAAAAUUAAUGUCAAUUAUGGCUUUUUAGUCUUUUCCUUGUUUCUAUAUUAUCAUGGUCAGUGUGCCAUGUUCUAAAUCAAAUGAUGUGCCAAAAUAUGGUGCUAGCCAGCUCAUUCACGUUUCAACACAGACUGUGUUUCUUUGUCUUUGCGCCUGCAUAUACUUUGAGGAGGGUUGCUACAAUUUGUCAACUGCUGAUGAAUUAUUUCUUUGCUACUACCUCUUCUCAGAAAAUCACUGGCCACCAAAACUUGACCAGUUUUUGUUCAUCACUAUACUUAAUGUCUGUCCAAGGCUGCCCCAGUUUACAAUACCUGUUCUGUCAUCACGUUAACACAAUCAUUCAUUCUGCAUACUUAGACUACAUUUUAAUACUUCCGUCGGUAAUGGUGCUGUAUGACAUUUCCUCUUAGCCCUGUCUUCUGUUUAGCAGCUAGCAACUCAGCACUCAUAUCGCCGUGCAUCUUGGUUUCCUGGUCACUUCUUAUACUGCAAGUUUACUUUUGAUUUUUCCUCUCUAUUAUGGCCUUUAAAUUGGUGCGAUUCUUUUACCACUCAAGGAGGGAAUCUCUGAGACAGCUUCAGUAACGCAACAUAAAACUUGCAAGUACGAG